UAGUCACUGUUCCUAUUUAGCUACCUGCAAUAGACGAUAUUGCUUUUAACUUAUAUCUGUGAUAGUUGCUAUAACGUAAUUUGUGCAAGAAAUAUAUUUAAACAAAAGCGCGAACAUUAAAAAUGGCAACUCUUACUCGUAAUUUACGCCCUUAUUUAAGAUUAAUUCGUAGUCAAAGGAGAACGUACGCUGAUGCUCCAGGAGACCAAAUGAAGUUUACUUUUGCUGGAGCUAAUCAAGUGUUUUAUGACCAAGCUGUAGUCAAACAAGUGGAUGUACCAUCCUUCUCUGGUAGUUUUGGUAUCUUACCAAAACAUGUUCCCACGCUAGCUGUACUAAAACCUGGUGUAGUUACAGUGUACGAAGAGGGAGGAUCAGUUAAAAAGAUUUUUGUUUCCUCAGGAACAGUUACUAUAAAUGAAGAUAAUAGUGUACAGGUUUUAGCAGAGGAAGCACAUCCUGUAGAAAAUAUAGAUAAUUCAGCAGCCAGAGAUGUUCUUAGCAAAGCUCAGCAACAGUUAUCCUCUGCAUCAUCUGAAAAAGACAAGGCUGAAGCAUCUAUUGCAGUAGAAGUUGGAGAAGCUUUAGUACAAGCUGCUCAAUAAGCAUUGUUUACAUGUUAAAACAUUAUCCUACAUGUUAUUGAAUUUUAGGUCAUGUAUUCAUCACAUUUCUGCCAUAAUCCUGUAUAAAAGUACAGCAACAAUAAAAAAAUUACUAAAUUACAAAAUA